AUGACAAACGAAAGCUCAGCUCGUCUUCGCCCGAAACGUUGGAGCAUGUCUCGUGAACUGCAUCAACCUGAAUGUCGUAUUAAGGCCAAACGGCUGCAGUACAACGCGAAUCAGCCGACGUCUUCUGGUGCAAAUGACCUACGAAUCUCUUAUUAUGUACUUCCAUACAAAAUGGAAGCCGAAGAGGUUGAUACUACUGACAGGCCUGUUGCCCCUUCAUUUGAGGAAACGAACCCUGUGCAUAGGGUUAUGGAGCAUGUCUUACAACCGGUGGCAUCUGCCUCGGAUUACGGACCCGGCCUUGCCUUGCAGCGCAGCCGCAUGUGCCCGUUCUUGCGUACGGUGCCGACGAGGUAUCUGGUGGAGGGUGGAGAGUGUGUGCCAUGGCGAUAG